AUGGAGCUGCUGGACAAGGUCCUCGUGAGCGACCCGUGCAACGAGAAGGCGCUCUUCAGGCGGGCGAGGGCGUCGUGCGCCCUCUCCUGGUGGGGCAAGUGCGAGGCAGACCUCCUGAAGCUGGUGAGCCUGAACCCACGGAACAGCGAGGCCUUCCAGAUGCUGCGGAGCACGUGGGACAAGCUGGGCAAGGACCGGAGGAUCUUCGGGGGGGUCGUGAGCGACAACAUAGCGGCGGGCUUGGAGGAACUCUGCCCUGACGGCACCGUGCGGAAGCUGCGCACGGAGGACUACGGCGAGGGUGACCCCGACGAGAGGCCCUCCUGGCUGCGGCCCGCGUGGCUCGAUCGGGGAGGAGCGGAGAAGGUGGUGGUCACGUGCCAGAUGAUUAUCUGGUCGUUCGGCGGCGAGGAGCUGUACAAUAGCAAAGAGUACAAGCCGCGGCCACAGACCAGGGAGGCCCGCAAGGAGCUCGUGGAAACCAUGGAGAUGGGCUGGUGGGAUUUCUUCGACCAGGAGGCCAGGAAGGCGCCCCGCCUGAUAGGCGAUUUCCACCCGACGGUCAAGAAGGGGCCCGUGCGCUGGCGGCUGGGCGAUCCUGGCAUGUACAGAGGACUCGACCUGGCCGUGCGCACGAUGAAGCCUGGGGAACGCACCUUGUUUGAGGUGGAUCAGCCGAUGCUCGGGCCGUCGGUGGAGGCGUUCUACGAUGAGCUGGGCUCCCACGCGAGCGUCGCCGGGCUGCCGCAGCUUCAGUACCACAUCGACGAGGAGAGGCUGGCGAUCCUGGAGGACGAGGUUCCGGAGCGGGAGCUCGACCUGGACAGCAAGCUGCAGCGUGGCGUCCGGGUGGAGCUGACCCUGCUGGGCUUCCAGCCGUACCGCGACCUGUCCGAGUGCCGCGACGGCUCAGACCUGCUCGCGGUGCUUCGCCAGGGGCCGCCCACCUCUGCGGUGCUGCGGCGGGGCAGCGAGGUCUGCGGCUUCUUCUUCGUCACGCGGCCCUUCGACUCCGCGCUGCUCCUGCAGAACGGGCCCGUGAGCUGGAGGCUCGGCGUGGACGAGGGCCAGUUCCUGGAGGCUGGGAGCAACCAGCUUCACGAUGUGGCCCCGCAGUACGCGGCGCAGUUCGGUGCCGCGCGCCCAGAGGCGACCGGCGAGGCAGCAGACGCGGGGCUCGGCGCCAUGUGCUCUGUCCUGGUCCACAUUCUGCCAGAGGCGGCUCCGCGCCGCGGCCUGGGCCCGCCCGGCCUCGGUGGGGGCAAACAGGCCGGCCACUCCGCGCGCCGCCGGUCCUGCGAUCCAG